AUGAACGAUUUCCAAAAAUGCUGGAUUGCAACAGGGGCUUUGUUAGAUGCCGUAGACGGAGAAAUAUAUCAACCGUACAGUAUUCCCAUAGUUGGGGAGGAACUUCGCAUAUGCAACGAGAAAGCUUACGAGCCAAAGGUGGUGUCCAUCGGACCUCGGUUCAAGGGAAGAAGGGAACUUCUACCAAUGGAAGAGAUCAAGUUGCGUUGCAUGCUGCACCUUUUAAAUAGAAUACCAUACCAUGAUCUCAUGGAAAUAACAGAUCAAAAAUAUAUAGAUCCUAUAGAGAACGGUAUGAGACUCAUGUUGGAUUUAGACGCAGUAGUUCGCGCAAGCUACGGGGAAGAAAUCAAAUUCAACAGCUACGAUCUAACGCUUGCUUUCUCUUGGAGCUUCUCAUUUCUCGAUCAGUGGAAUGGAAAUUCAAGGCUUCAAUUAUUCGAUGAGAACCCACUCCCUCCUAGCCCAGCAGCUCAACUUGGAAAUAUGGAACUCAUCUUGAGCGAUCUCACCUUAUUUGAAAAUCAGAUACCCUUUUCCGUUCUCGGUAACUUGUUUCACCAACUUUUUCCCCGUCUCUAUACCGAUAUUAGGAAUUACAUUGGUCUUACACAACAUUUGGCUCUCUCUCUUUUUGGUUACUCUCGGGAUUCAAGCUCUACCUCUAUUCCUAAUUCAAUCUCUGACUUUAUUCCCGAUCUCAUUAAUGCCUCUCACAUUCUUCAACUUGUUCACUCCUUCAUUCUCAAUCACCAAAGCCACCAGGGUUCAUAUGUUGUUGAUAUUCAUGAUGAUAAUCUUAAUAAACAAAUAGAACCCAAAUGUUGUGCCACUAGGCUCCUAGCCGCUGGGGUUACUAUAGUCAAAAGUGAAGACAAUUCUAUUAUUCCAAAAUUCAACAGCAGCAAGGGGGUGCUAGAAGUUCCUCCCUUGCAUAUCACUCAAACCAUGUUAGCAAAGUGGCUGAAUUUUAUUGCUUUGGAGCUUCACACAAAGAGGUGGAAAAAGAGUGUUGAUAGAGACGUGUUUACUUUGCGGGCGUUGCUCUUCAAUGUUUUGAUGUGCUGUGCAAGCGACGUUCAACUGCUUAAAAACAAGGGAAUCAUCGAGGAUAAGUUGGGUAUAAGUAAUCACCAUCUCAUGGAUCUUUUUCGUUCCAUCAAAACCGGAGUUGACGGUGGCCUUGUUCAUUCAACUUACAGCAACAUCAUUCAUGCCCUCAACACCUAUUCCGCAACAAAUCCUGUCCUUCAGUUCCCAAUAAUUUUGUGGCAUUAUUUGAGUCAAUUUUCAGAAUGGCUUUACGGUCUGAACAAGUUUUUAAGGCGUGGUUACAACUUUGCUGCAGCAUUGUUAACUCUUCUCACUGUUAUCCAGACUUGUUAUACAAUCCUCAGCUAUCAUUAUCCAAAGAACAACUAG